CGCUCGCUCGUCAUUGUAGCGAAGCCUACAGCUAUAGAAACACGUGAGAGGCGACAACUCUCGAGGCUCGUUGGCAGUACCAUCGCUCGGAGAUCCAGUCAUACUAAAAAUACGCGCGCUGAUAGUGUAUUGUUGUUUUGAGUUCAUUCAGAACUUUAUACCGAUCACUCGUCGCUGGCUGUAAAAAAUCGUGCCGAGUUCGUGAUCGAGCUUUCGAUUCGAGGCAAUUUUUAUUUCAUUUUUUUUUUUUUAUACAACGAUCAAACUACAAAAUUGACUCUCUUUCUUUCUUCUGUGAAAAUUUCAAGUGGUAUUUAAUUAGACUCUCGAGUAUUGUAAUCUUAUCGUGGCCCCGAUGUAAAUAGAUGACUCGUUGAAUUGCUCCUUAUAAAUGUCGACCAUCAGUCGGGAACAGCUCGCGGCUCUAUACCCCGUACAAUCGUUUCACGAAUGAAGAGACAGACGUGGGACGUAGCUUUAGCAAAACACACCUAAAUGGAUCAAGAGUCCAGCACGCAUCAUCAUGGUCGUACCGGCAGUCAGCAGUAGUAGUUUUCUCUCAACCAAGUACUAUCCGCAAUGGAUAGCCACCGUAGCAGUAUUAUUCACGGUGCUCCAGAUGGGUGCCAUGUGCGGUUGGACGUCGCCCUACCUGGCCCGCUUAACCACACCCAACGACGAGCUCUGGGUGACUCCGGCCUCGGCCUCGUGGAUCGCCGCCUUGCUUCACGUGGGCCGCGUCGCGGGCACCAUCGUGGGCCUCGUCUGCACCAACAUGUGGGGCAGCAAGCGCGCCAUGGAGCACACCCUGAUCGUCAUGCUGCUGGGCUGGUGUCUCGUGCUGUUCGCCGACAGCGCCCUGAUCCUCUACUUCGCUCGGUCUCUCAGCGGCAUGGGCAUCGGCAUGAUAUUCUGCUGCUUUCCGCUCUACAUCGGCGAGAUCGCCUUCGCCGAGAUACGCGGCGCCAUCUUCACCCUGACCUUCUGCGGCGCUCCGCUGGGCAUCCUCGUGGCCUGCGUCACAGGCUUCUAUCUGAGUCUGAGGCACUCAGCCAUAGUGUUCAUCGUGCCGUGCGUGCUGAACAUCGCCCUGUUCCUGUGGCUGCCCGACUCGCCUCAUCGACUCGUGCGGAAGGGUGAUCUGGCCGGGGCUAAACGCGCCAUCUCGUGGUAUCGCAACGGCCAUGGCGUCGACGAGGAGCUGGCCAACGUCCAGAAGUUCAUCGACUCGUCCAGCGAGUCCGGUUUUCUGGACUUUUUGCGCCGCCUCCGGGUGCCCUACAUCCGCAAGGCCGUCUUCAUCUCGAUGAUGCUGUUCAUGUACAUGCAGAUCAGUGGCCUCAACUCGAUCCUCUUCUACAUGGAGAUCAUCUUCCAGAAGGGUCAGGUGACUCUGCUGCGACCCUCGCUGGCCGUCAUCCUCGUCAGUAUCGCGGGCGUCCUCGCGGCCGUGGCCUCCACCAAUCUCAUGGACAAGUGCGGCCGUCGAGUGCUGCUGAUCGGCUCGGGCUCCGGCGUCACCCUGGCCAUGCUCAUGCUCGGCACGCACUUCGCACUGCUGAACUAUCUGGGCCUCGCAGCCGCGGAGCACUUCCAGGGCCUCAUAAUCGGCGGCAUCUUCGUCUUUAUCGUGAGCUUCAUGCUGGGCCUCAUGCCCGUGCCGAGUGCCGUCCUCGGUGAGCUGUUCGCCGCCGACACCAAGUGCCAGGCCGCCUUCGUGUCGAGUCUGGUCGGGGCCAUCUUCGCCUUCGGCUCCUCCAAGCUGUACCAGCCCAUGGUCGACGGCAUCGGCGAGGCUUGGGUGUUCUUCAUUCACGCCCUGCUGAUAAUCACGAUCGUGCCGUUCGUGCUGCUAUUCUUGCCCGAGACCAAGGGAAAGUCUCUCCAAGAGAUACAAGAUAUUCUCAAUCCGGGCGGCGUAGUCAAGAAUAAUAAUGACUCAUCCCAAGCGUCCGUCGAUCGCUUUUAAAAAGAUAUAACAAUACCGCGAUAAGUCUGUGCGAUGACAAAUGUGACCGAACUAUGAUUAGUCGAGAUAAUCAGUUAAACUCAUGUAAAUAGAUAAAUAGAUGUAUAAUAUUUUUACUUUAUCGCAAAUCUGUGAUUGUAUUGUUAAGUAGCGAAUUAUAUAACGAUAAAAAUCUGA